GCUGUUCCAGAACACAAACAAUGAUUUUGAUGUAAGGUGAUUUACACAUGUACAUGUAAGGAUUGCGCAGUUUCCGUCCUUUUCAAUAUUUCAUUACUUUGACAACGGAAAACUCUAAUUGCAGCAUCAUUGAAUACAACAACCAUGCCUGACCGUACAGCGUUUAUUUUGCUUUUUCUCUACGGUGUAGCCUCGAUGCCUAUGCAAGUUGGUGGUUUUCCAGCCCCGUUUUACAGAGUUUUAUCGAUGCAGGAUCCGCCUUUGGAAGGUAAGCUUACUGCGGUCAGUUAGAAGUUUGAUUCAAGUACGAACUAUCUCAUUUUCGAACUUUAAAGUAGUCACUAAAAUUAAUAGGCAUAAUCAUGCCUUCCGGGCGAAUUUUCUGUGAAAUGGAGAAAUUUACAAGCAAAAGUGUAUGGUCGGCACAAUCAAGCGGGGAACGAAGUGUUAAGCGCUGCCCUCUUGGGUCCCAUUUCUAAUAAACUACUGUUAGGAACAAAAAUUCUUCCCGGCAGUCAGCCAUUACCAUGACCGUUGGUAAAUGGUGGUAAUUUCUCUUUGAAAGGCCUCUAAUCGCAUAAACUUGCGUGAAAGGCGUACUCUGUACCCAUCUAUGAACACUUCCCGUUUGGGAAACAUAAAGUCCACGCGUGGAGUGAGGAGGCAGUGGUACUCAGGUACAGUGGCAAUGGGAGAUGGGAACGAGAAUAGUUUGUAAAUGCAUUGUCACAAAAAUCAAUUAUUUAGACCAACUGAUCAUCCUUUCUGUUCACAUGUCUGUUCAAUUUGAAUUAUGUGUGUGAAACAUAUUGUUUGCAGGAAAAGAUGUUGUGAUUCUACAAAAUCUGCUGUUGAGGUCUCCAUUUGUAAAACCUAUUGACACAACUGGCAUUUAUGACAACAACACAGCACAUGCUGUAGCCAGUUACCAAAACGGGAAUCAUCUACCAAGGUACAGUAACAACCCGGGGAGGGGGGGGGGUACUCGAUAAAUCCUUGGGUGGGGAGGUGCGGCUCAGCCCCUCAUACCCUGACCCCGUUUAAGACAAAAAUCGCUGAUUUUCCGACCCAAGACAGAAUUCCUAUUUUUGAUACCCUGUUUAAGACAUUUAACCCGAAACCAUACCCUGUGUAAGACAAUAAUACAUAUCGAAACUCCUUCUUAUUUAAUCCAUUGGCAAUCACAAAACUAUUUACAGCUUGAUCAACAGAGUCACGAGGAUCUUGUAAAAAUUUUGCUGUAGUUUAGUUUGUAGAACAUACACGCAGGCUGUUUAUCGUCCAAGAAAAGAUACCCUGUUUAAGACAAAAAUUGAUAAAAUUGAUCCCCUGAUUGCGACAAAAAAUGAUAAAAUCAAUAACCUGUUCAAGACAAAAAUCCUGAAAAACAUACCCUGGCUGGCUGCACGUCCCCAUUAAGCCCUUAUAAGGGAGUACCCCUUCCCCCACCCCCCCGAGUAACAAUAUGUUAUGUAAAGGGGAGGUUGGGAACCUGAGUAGAUGUCAGGAAUUUACAAAGCAGGAGAAAACUUCCCCAUAAAGGAAUUUCUCUUAGCAAAGCCUGCAUGCAAGUGCAAGGUCUGAUUUGAGUUAACUUCCCUUUCCUCCUUAUUCUCCCACUGUUUGACCUACUUCCAUUCCCCUAGUAGCUCCCAGUGGUUUUGCCACCAAGUAAAAUUUGUACUGAAUAAAAUUUUUCUAUACUAUCCCUUCUCUUCGAAUUUACGAAGACAAAAUCCAGUGAUUUAUUAACUGGUUUAUCUUCUAUCUACUUCUUAAAUUAUUUCUUCCACUAUAGCAUUCCUGGAAUAUUUGAUGAGCAAACAGCCUCCUUGGUUUUACGGCAACUGAUUUAUGACGGUUAUCGAGAUGAUGGCACUGUACCAUCCGGUUAUAAAUUUAAGGUAAUUUCAUGUAUGAUUUGCAUGUUUUUGAUGAAUGGUUCACCCUGGCUUGCCUUAUGAAGUAGUAUUUGUCAGGUAAUCUGAUCAUGGGAUGUAACGAAUUUCAUUUGAAGGUUCAUGUACCUGUGUAUAAAGAUCGCACAAUAGAAACAACAGCUACUCUGUUUGAUGACAAAAAUGAGGUAAGACAUUCAAACUCAUCACUAGUACAUAAUCAGAGGCAGACCCAGGCAUUUUUAAUAAGGGGGUCCUUUAUUUACUUUGAGCAUUCCUUUCUGCACACAGGUUAUCUAGUUAAUUUGAAUGCUUGAUUAAGUAUUAUACUCUUUGGUUAAGGUAGUGUUUUUCUGGUUUCUUUGUUCUUUUAUAAACUAUCAGAUAAAUCUUGCAUUCAAUCAUUCUGUUUUAGUUUUAAAGGGUAAAAAAAAAUAAAAACUUUGCUGACAGGCCCCUGCACCCUACCCCAAAAUCUUUCACUAACAAUCAUUGAAUUAUUACUGACAAUCAUUAAAUUAUCACUGACAAUUAUUGAAUUAUCAAUAAUAAUAUUGAUAUUGCAUUAUCCAGGUGAGGUAUAGAUUUCUAGCACGUUGUCAUGGAAGCCUGGAUUCUACUGGUAAAACAAUCAAUCAGCUCACAAGAAAUGGCAAUACUCCAACAGGAUUAGUGGUAUGUUAUGUUGCCAAUACAUGUGUAUUUUUUAUAAUGUAUUUCAGUCUUCAUAGUGACUGUGUAGCACAACACACAUGCUGAGAGGUAAUUAUUUUAACCCUACAGUUAUUUCUUAAUAACAUUAUUAUUUUUAGACAUUUGACCUGAACAGUCCAGAACCAGAUCCUGAGAAAUUUGGACCGUAAGUACUUUUUUAAAUAAAAAUCAAAUAAAAGAUUUAAAUUAAGUGAUUUUGAAGGUAGAUCAGUCAUCCACAUUAAGUUGUCCUUUGUCUAGCAUAUUCCUGACUGAUUGAAAAUAAACUGAAUUUGGUGAUGACCACUUGUUUUCAACUCCAAAUCUAUGCUUACAGUAACUACAACAUUAUUUACUUUGAACAGAAGAAGCCUACUGUGAAACAGAAACUCUUUGUUUCUUAGUGCUUUUGAUUUGAAAAUGUUAUGCAUAUUAUUUUCUUACAGCUAUCCUGUGAUAAGGGCAGUCAAGGGUUUAAAAGGUAAGAAAAUUUUGUUACAGAUAAAAGAUAUAGCUGAGGUCAUUUUAUGUCACUGGCCAGGCUGAAAUUAUCAUCAUGAUACCGGACCAAGAAUGCAAUCAGGAUCAAGAAUCCCUACCCUUGACACCUAGCACGUGUACAGACCCCACCCCCCCAUCCCCUCAGUAUGAAUCAGAGACGAAAUUUUUACUGAGCGGAGGGAGGUCUGUACACAGGCUGUUGACACCCAGCCUCCCCCACUCCCUCACCACCAGGAAAAGAUGCUGAUGAAUAGCAGAUUACAGUGGUGUAUUUAUGGUUACUCAUUUAGCAUGCCUGGAUGAAGAGAGACAACACAAAGAAAGUGUUUUAUCUACGGAAACAACACAAUGUAGUAUUCACAAACACAAAUGUUAUUGAAGCAAAAUUGUCUGAAGAAAGGAGUAGAUGGAAGCUUGAGAUAAUACUCUUCAGUGUUGAUUGAGCAGAAGUGACAAUUGCAUGUAAUAGUAAUGGCAUAUUGAGGUCAAACGUAUGCCUGAAAUCUUCUCAUGAACCCUCUGCAAUCUAACCCCGAUGGUGCUAUUUUAAGCAGCUGAAAGGCUUUCCUCAAAACCUAUCAUCUACAAGGAUCAAAUCAAAUUUCAUAAUUUCUCAGGUAGCAUCAAAGGCUAACAAUUGUCUACUAACAGCCCCUAUUUUUGGAAAUUUUUUAAUAUUGUAUAUAUAUCACAGGCAAUGCUGCAAUUGGAAAAAACAAAGAUGACACAUUUUUGAGUGAUUACAGAAGUGGCAUUCUUCUGCACACAGGGGAAUGGAAAAACUGGAAUUCCUCAUUACCUAUGCCUAAUAGGUCAGUAUUAAUCAGCAGGAAUGAAAAAUUAGUUGCACAACAUUUUGUCACAAUACACACUUACGACGUAGGCAUGAAAGCGAGGACUAAGGCCCACCAGAUUUCGCACAAACUUCUAAAAAAGCAAAUAGGGCGGCGAAAACAAGAAUGAUCUCUGAUUAGAGAUUAAAGAUAUUCCUGGAGCAUUUAAGCAAAUGAACGUGUGUUGGAAAGUGGAAAACUAACCUUUGAAAAGGAUCCUCUGAAAAUACACGGAAAUGUCAAGUCUUUCCGAUUAGCAGAAGGAUUAUUGCAAAGUGCAGCAGCGCAGCAUUUGUAUGAAGUUUUUUUGUUGUAGUUGUAGGGUGUGCUUCUGUCAUUAUUUAUACAAUUUAAUAAUUGCCAUGUGGCCCUUAGGCCUUGCUUUCAUCCUGUUGUAAGUGUGUACGGUAGAGGGCAGUCUUGUUGGAUAAUAAACUUAUGAUUAAGUUUCUUUCUAUAGCAGCUGUAACUAUCUCGUUUAUAAACCAACCAUAUAAUUAUUUCUACAUAAUGCAUACAUUCCAAGUGGGCUGUGAAAGAUUAGGACUGGGAUAUUGCCAUGGGAUGGAGUGUGUUGAGAGGGAGGUAUCUCCACAAUCUGCAGAAGCAUUUUUACAUAGAAAAAUCACUUAAAAUAAUGCACUAUAAUUUUGCUCAACAGUGAUGGCUGCAUUCAUGUGCACCCAAUGGACUUAUACAAAAUUGAUGACAUCCUGGUCAAUCAACUGGGCGUUGUCAUACACAAGAACCCCUUUGGCAAGAAAAAAUACCCCUACAUUCCUCAAGGCUUACUGUCUGUUGAACAAAUUGAUUGAAAUCUGGGUCAUACAAGUGUACAUGUAGCAUCCAUGCACUAGACGUUCUUUGUGGAAAGGAGAAUUCUGUAGUCUUUGUGGGCAAAUUGACUGCAUAUCCAUGUCUCACUCUUCAGUAUCGCUGAAGCUACUGCGUACCACUCAAUUUCGAUCACUCAAAUGUUAAAAUCGUGAAACAUUUUUGAACACAGAUGAAUAAACUUGAAACUGAAAAUAAUCUUUUUAAAGAGCAAAAUAAAGCCAAAGCCAAGAAUGAAAUGCUUAACCAUCUACUCUAUCGACAAAACCACGAGGUGUAACUAUUCCUAUGAACCUUUUGCUGUGGCCUCUCUGAGGAAAGAAAGGGUAACAUUUUUGUAGUUUGUGGUCAACAGAGAAAACUUCCCUACAAAGUAAUUCAUUGUAAGAUUCUUAUGCAUAACCAAAUAUCUAGUUGGAUUUAACUGAUAUCGAACUUCCCAGUUUAUUUUUUCCUUUGCUAUUAUAUUUGACAGUCGUGGUUGUAUUCAUGUACACCCUGAAGACAUGAAGGAGAUUGACAGAAUUCUUGCAGAACUUGGCAUCAACAUUAGGCCAAACACUCUGGGAAAAUUACCCUACCCUUACAAGCCACAAGGAAUCCUUUCAGUAGAAGAGAUUGAAUCAUGA